AGGGCAGGUUUUAGACUGAUUUUGAAGAGGAUGUUUUUGAUGGACCUGGCAACUCCGAUUGCAUCGCUACUGGCGGGAAGCGGCGGCAGUGUAAACACGGAGGGAGGCCGGUGUGGAUCUUUCGCUCUGUAAUCAUCUUUACCGGGCCGCUAUGGGUUCAGAACCGCCUGUGGAGUCAGCGCGCGGCUGGGUGAAGACCCGAGAGGCGGCGGCGCGGUUCCGAGAGCUGCUGCUCUGCUCCAAAUGUUUAAACAUCCUGACGGAGCCGGUGUGUCUGGGCAGCUGUGAACAUUUGCUUUGCAGGUCGUGUGCCGGUCCGCAUGUUGGAGAUGGCUGCAGUGUGUGCCACAGUCCUGCUUGGGUGAAAGAUAUCCAGAUCAAUAGACAACUCAGCAACAUCACUGAGCUCUUCCUCAACCUGGAGUCAUUGCUUUGUCCUCCAGAGGUCCAAGACCCUCAGAAUGCAGAAUCCUCCACAUCUCCAAACGAGUCCUCUGUCCUCAAGCACAAGAAGAAUUUCAAGAUCUGGUUCAGUCCAAGGAGCCGCAAAGUGCGCUGCCGAGUGGAGAAACAGGUGGAGGUGACCCUGCAGACGGGAAAAAGUCCUACUGGGUCAUCUGAGCCCGCAUCCAAAACCAAAGACCCGAAACUCCUGUCUGUCUUCAACUUCAACUCCUCCUCUCAGGAUUCUGGAUCUUCUUCUCCUCAAAGGGAAGGAGGAAGUGAUGGAAGGAAGAGGAAAAGGAAGAAACGCAGCAUGGGGGCUGCCAGCAAAGCGGCCAGUGACAGACCUAGGCCGCCCACCAGGAAUCAGACCAAGCAGAACCUGAAGAAGAUGAGGCUGGAGGCUGUGAACCAGCAGUGGGGCUUCAGUAAAGAUGGUGCAGUGGAUGGUGCAGAGCAUGGUGAGGUUCAAGGAGAAGAGGAGAUGAAGAAGAAUGUGAGCAUUAAUGAGGGGAGAAUAAGUAAAAGGGUGUACUUCCAAUGCCCUGAUGGACAACCUGAACCUGAACCUCAGGUAGUUCAAGAAUGUCAAGAAACCCCUUCCCAGGGGGUCCCCAGCCCAAGGAGGAGCAUCCUGAAGGAGGGAACAGCAAAGGAAGUUCAGAACGUGCUCCAGUCUCCCUGUAACAACCAGACUGAAUCAGUUGAUGAAAUUAAAACCCCUACUCGUCUUCGUUCCCCUGGUAGAACCCCCAAAAGAACCAGGCUGGAGGAGAACAGAAGCAGCCCACAGUCCACACCAAAGAGGCCCAAGCUCUCUCCAGGCCGUAGACGGAGAUCAGCUCCAGCUAGAGCCACCAUACUGCCCACUCCUCCACCUUCUCCAGACUGCUCCAGCUCCAUCCUCCGUAACGCUCCUGAAAAAGCCAGAAAAGAGCAGCAUGGGAGCCCAGCCAGCUCUCCUGCUACUGGGAAGAGAGAUCCACUGGAGAGACAGAGCCAGAGCAGUCCAGCCUACAUGAAGAGGAACCAUAAAGGAGAGACACCACUGCAUCUGGCGGCCAUUAAGGGAGAUGUGGAGGCGACAAAAGAGCUCCUGGCUCAGGGAGCUGACCCCAACAUGAAGGACCACGCUGGCUGGACUCCACUGCAUGAAGCAUGCAACCUGGGCCACCUGGGUGUGGUGGAGGUGCUCCUGCAGCAGGGGGCGCUGCUGAACACUCCUGGCUAUGAGAAUGACUCCCCUCUUCACGACGCGGUGAGGAACGGACAUGCGGCUGUGGCAAAAGUCCUGCUGGAACAUGGAGCCUCUCCAAACGUCCUGAAUAUAGUUGGACUCCGACCUGUCGAUUAUGCAGCGACUCCAGAAAUGAAAGAGAUCCUGAAAGUGAGCCCUGAGGCACCCCAUCCUGUGACCGUGCCACUAACCUCACCAGCCAGCCUCUCAAAGCCUGCAGGCGUUAUCAGGAGGGAUGUGCCCGUCACUGUGAUGGGUAGUAAACUGACCCAGCCCCAGCAGAACCAGCUCGUCAAAGCAGCUCGUAUUCUGGGAGGAAAGCGAGCGGAGGCCUUUUCCAGCGCAGUCACCCAUGUGGUCGUGCCGGAUGGUCCUGUGCCCACCACUCUGACCGCACUGCAGGGCAUCCUCAGCGGCUGCUGGGUCCUCAGCUUCAGCUGGCUGGCUAAUUCCCUGCAGCAGCGCAGGUGGCUGGACGAGAGUGAGUUCGAGCAGGGCGAGGGUCCGCAGCGGGCUCGUGUGAACAGGGACAAUCUGCUGCCACGGCUGUUUGAUGGCUGUUUUUUCUACCUGCUGGGAUCGUUCCAGAAGCCUCCGAAAGACGAGCUCCUGCAGCUGGUGAAGGCGGGAGGAGGCCAGCUCCUCAGCCGGCAGCCCAAACCGGACAGCGACGUCACCCAGACGCUGAGCUCGGCGGCUUACCACGCCCAGCCCGGCUCGGAUCAGGCCUUCUGCACGCAGUACAUCCUGUACGACCCUGAGGGCUCCUACAGACCCGACCGAAUCCGCCUGGGUAAAGUGUGGUCGGCGCCUUCUACCUGGCUUGUGGAGUGCAUCAAAACCUUCAGUCUGCUGCCUGUACCAGAACUGUAGUCCAACAGGACUGUUAAUAUUACUGCAUCCAUUUUCAAAUGUCAAAUAUUAAUCAAUAUGUAUAGAUAUGUACAGUACAGGCCAAAAGUUUGGACACACCUUCUCUUUUUCAAUGCGUUUUCUAUAUUUUCAGGACUAUUUACAUUGUUGAUUCUCACUGAAGGCAUCACAACUAUGAAUGAACACAUGUGGAUUUUUAUGUACUUAACAAAAAAUGAGCCGACCUCCACAGUCACCAGACCUGAACCCAAUCCAGAUUUGAGGUUUGGGGUGAGCUGGAGCACAGAGUGAAGAAGGCAAAGGGGCAACAAGUGCUAAUAAACACCUCUGGGAACUCCUUCCUUCAAGACUGUUGGAAAACUUUUCAUUUCAGGUGACCACCUCUUAAUGAAGCUCAUUGAGAGAAUGAUGCCAACAGUGUGCAAAGCAGUAAUCAGAGCAAACGGUGGCUAUUUUGAAGAAACUAGAAUACUUAUUUCACCUUUUUUUUUAGUUAAGUACAUAAAACUCCACGUGUUCAUUCAUAGUUUUGAUGCCUUCAGUGAGAAUCUACAAUGUAAAUAGUCAUGGAAAUAAAGAAAAGGCAUUGAUAAAGAGAAGGUGUGUCCAAACUUUUGGCCUCUACUGUGAAUGAUUACAGUUGUGGUCUGAUUAGGUUGACUGGGUUUUUCCACAAAAAGCCGUAAACGUGCUUCAAAUUUUUCUUUGUCUCUGUGAUGCCAUCGCAUACAAAAGUCAGACUCCCCUAGUAGUGAUACAAGGGACACUACAAACAAAUCAGUGAUAUGUGCAGGACAUCCUGCAUCCAUGGCAACACUUCCUUGUCCUGAGUGCUCACCACAUUAAUCACCAGUUAAGUAUUCAGGACAAUGCAGAUUGUAGUGAGGCUGCAAUAUCUGUAGGUAAAUGUGCUGUAGAAAGCCACAUGGAACCAGUAUGUCUACAUGCUCAACCGUAUCUCAUCUUGUAUCUAGGCUCGGGGUCCAACAGGAUACUAGAGCCUUCCUUCAAUUCAAGUUUUCCCACAAUAAUCCAUUUUCCACAUCCUCUAUUAUAGAAAUUCUAUAAUUAUUCUUUCACUUUAUUACUAUCAUUAUGUUUUGCAUUGUAGAUUAAUACUAUAGUCAUUCAAACCAUGUAGAAAAACGUGUGGAAUUAUUUAGUGCACACAAGUAAGCGCCUCUAGCACAUAUUACACAAUGUUCUAAUCCAUAUUAUGACAAGAACUACUCAUCUAAGUAAAGAAAGAAAUAACUAAGAAAUUAAGAUAAGUUCUCAAGAUCUUUGAAAGUAUCAAGUGCAUUCACAAAGACCAUCAACAACAUUAUGAUGAAACUGGCUCUCAUCAGGAAAACCCCUGGAAAGGAAGAGCAAAAGUUCCCUCUGUUGUACAGGAUAAGUUUAUCAGAGUAACCAGCCUCAGAAACUGCAAGUUAAAAAACAGCUCCCCAGAUAAGAGCACCUAAAUGCUUUUUCACAGAGUAUUUUGGUUUGUUUAACAGUCAUUUUAAGUUACUACAUGAUUCCUUAUGUGUUCCUUUAUAGUCUGGAUGUCUUCAGCAUUAAUUUACAAUGUAGGAAAACUUGAUUUUUAUAAAAACAGCAAAAAAGUGGUAACCUGAUGUGAUAUUUAGGGGUGGGAGAUAUGGCACGAUAUUUUAGGGUAUGAUGUCGUUCACAAUAUUCAAAUAUGUUGCCGAUAUUUUUGCAUACGAUACGAUAUAGCACAGCCCUAGUAGAGCACAUACACAAAUAAGUUUAGAAUAUUUCUAUUUGUCCAUUUUUCAUUCAUCAUGAAAUUCUGACACAGUAUAAACAAGACUGUGGAAAAGACAUCUAACAUGGGGAUUUAAGGUUUGAAUAUCUGGCACCAGGCCUGUUUCCAGGAAGCUUUGGAUGCCUAAUGUUCAUCUUUUUUGCUGCAGAGACUGUUAAGCGGCUACGCUAGUGGUUUCUUAAUGGACUUGCCAAUUAUCUGAUAAGAAGGAGACAUCGAAACGUGCAAUUUGGCCAGAAGACCCACUGCUGUGUCUGAGAAUAUAAUGAUGAUGAUUGCACUGUAAAGCUUAUAAAACUCAGCUGAGCUAAGUGCAGUCUUGGCAGGCUAUAUUCUUUUUUUCUUCAGGUAGUUAAAGAGGUGCCAGCUUUGGCCAGAACUGUUCCUACAGUACCUGCAGUAUCUACUGUAUCUACAGUUUCUACAGCUCCUAUAAGGUGGCUGUACUUUUUUUUUUUAAACUGUCUUUUCAUAUGAUUUAGCCCAGCUGGCUAAUACAGGAACUAUGGGUGGUGGAUACCAAGAGGUGUAAAAGAGGCCUACCCAAAAAUAUUAAUGAAUAAUUUGUUAAAUCUUGGUCUGUUUUCUGUGAUUUUUGCAUGAUUUCCUUUUAGGCUGCGAUAAUUUUGAUUCAAACAUGAAAAAAUAAUGAAUAAGAGGUUAUAAUUACGAUAUCUAUCUGUGUUAAAGAAAAGAAAUAAGCCUGGCUCUCCCGCUGAGCUUCGUUUCGCCGUUUCGCUUUGCAGAUUACUGUGUUGAACAUUGUUGAAUGGCUUCGCAGAGCUAUUGUGCCUGUUCUUUUUAUGGGUCGAAUUAUUACACCAUCUGAUGAAAGAAAGAAAAUUAGGAUAGAGCCACUUUUUUCUUUUUCUUUUUUUUUUUUUUGGGCUGUGAUGUGACCCACUUUUGAACACUGCAUUUAUUUACUCUGCAACUUGGCAGAGUCUCGCCUCAAAAUACACAUUGUAAUUGCUAAACCUUCAAAAAGAAAAAACGCAAUUGUUUGUUUGAUGUUUUGCUGUGACUAAUUUUCUCUGUCUAAAGCAAGUUCAUUUCUUUGCUGUCUGGAUGCCAGAAGGCUUUCUACCAAAGAUCUGUGAUGUGCAGAUUGAUUUACGGGAGGAGAGAGUGGAAGACAUGAGCGAUACUACGUUCAAUUUUUAACAUUAAACAGCCAUUACAUUA